CCUUCUCUUUACAUGCCGUGUUUAUUCCUCUCCUCUUUUCUUUUGGUUCUUUCUCUGCUUUCCUAGCUUUCCGUUAUUUGUUCUCUCGAGUCAUCCCAAAAGCUUCCCCCAUUCCUUACUGAAAUUUGGUACAGAAGUCGGUACGGUGUCGUGCUUCUCGCCUCUGUUUUGCUUUGGGACAUAGCUGAAAUGUCUUCCUCAAGCGUGUAUCAAGAGUUACAAUCAUGUCUGACGGAACCUCGUGUUCUGUGGAUGAAAUUGGUUCCACCCUUGGAAUGGCCUUCCCUUUCACAGUCCGAGACCUACCCACUUACCCCUCCCACCACCACCUGUCAAAAAGACUCGAAACAGGACAAAAACCCAAAUGCUGACACGGGCGGCUGGACUUUCCUUCAGUCUCUCUGCAACAAAACUGACAAGUCUGAGGCCGAAAAAACCUAUAUCCACCCUCUGGUCAAGCGCUCUUCUUCCUCCCUCAGUGCCAAGAGCUUGGAAAUGUGCACCGAGAGCUUGGGCUGCGAGACGGGGAGCAAUGGAAGCGAAAGCAGUGAUGACAUUGCUCUGUUUUCCUCAGAGAGUAACACUUCCUCUUUUGCUACACCGGAGAGUGAUGGAAAUUGGGUUUCAAAAAGAUCGAACCGCAGCAUUACUGAAUUCCCACCUCCACUGUCUUCGAUGAGUAAAAAGGGCGGGGUUCAAGUCAGGACUCGCCGUGAAGAUGGCCGUCUCAUCCUGGAAGCAGUGGCCGUCCCUUCUCAUCCUUCCUGUUUCAAAGCGGAGCGCAGAGAUGGCAGGCUCAGGCUCCAGCUUCUGUCUACCUCCAACCAUUCUCUCCACGGUGACCACGAACCAGCAGAAACAGAGGAAGAGCAAAAAGGAGGAGGAGCUGAGGAAGAAGAUGACGGUGACGAGGCGGAGGAGUAUUGGGAAGGGAAUGACGAGAAUGAGGAGGACGAAACAGGAAUGAGAAAGAUUCCAAGGCCAAGCAGGUGCAGUGAAAAGGGGAACAUGAGCAACCAAAUGCUUGAUUGGGAGCCGUUCUGGGUGGCCACUUGAUGAAUCGCAACUUUUCUCCCAGAAUUGACUAUUAUUGUUGUUACGUUUUCUGCGGUUGCUGUCGUAAUGAUCUUGGUUUUCGAUGUCCUACUAUGUUUGUUUGUUUUUUUUUUUUUUUGAAUCAUGAAUGCCAGCUCCCACGGGACAGGAAGAUUAGUGCUUGCGAUAAGAAAUUGUAUUUAUGGUAGUUAAUAUAGUUAUUAGUUACUUUGGACAACGUCCUAA